AUGCAGAACCCCGAUGAGGAUACCGAAUGGAACGACAUCCUUCGCGCAAAGGGCAUCCUGCCCCAGAAGGAGGUCGAGGUCACCGAGGAUGAUCUCACAGAAAUGAUUGAUGAGGCUGCGAGGAAGCAGAUGCUCAAGGAGCAAGGCAAGAAGGAUAUGGAAGACAUGUCGCUGGAGGAGCUGAACGAGGUUGAAGAUGACGAGGACGAGCGCGUGUGGUUGGAGUACCGCGCGAAACGCCUCGCAGAGCUCAAGGAGCGACAAAAGAAGGCCCGCUUUGGCAGCAUCAAGGAAAUCUCAGCCGAGGAGUACCGAUCGGAGGUGAACGACGCUGGCGAGGGCAUCUGGGUCAUCCUCCACCUCUACAAGACAGACAACCUCAUCUGUCGCCGCCUCCAGGGCAUCCUGCAGCAGCUCGCAUCAAAGUUCCCGGCUGUGAAGUUCCUGCAGAGUGUGUCCACGCGCUGCAUCCCAAACUAUCCAGACAAGAACCUGCCCACCAUCUUUGUCUACCAUGAGGGUGAUCUCAAGAAGCAGUACACGGGGCCACACAUCUUCGGCGGCCAGUCAAUGACCGCAGACGGUGUCGAGUGGGCACUGGCGCAGGUCGGCGCCGUCGAGUCCGACAUUGAGGAUCCCCGCGACACGCUCAUGGCGCGGACGCUCAAGGACCUGCGUGUCACCCGGACGCGCGUUGCCGGUGACUCGGAGUCUGAUGACGACAGCGACAGCGACUGA